CAUGAGAUACUGAAUACCGCUUACCCGCGCUGUUUGGUCUCAUCGGAACGAUGGUAUCCAAUGAAGAAGUUCUGAAUGCUCUAAAGAUUCUCCAAAAGUAUAACCUUAAGCUGAAAUAGCAUUGAAACAGGAAGCUGGCUUUAUAGAUGAAAAGAUCGCGGAAGAGUUUUUGAAAUUUAAGGCGUUAGUAAACUCUAGUUUCCAAAUAACUAUUAUAGUCAAGUGAAAGAUGAACCAGAAAACUUUUGUUCCAACUAUCAGUCUGUGCUCACGUUUGUUGAUUCAGUGCCUGACAUACAUAAGGUGGAGUUGUCAGCUUUACUUUUCCCAAUUUUUGUAUAUAUGUAUCUGCGUCUCAUAAGUGCAAACAUUUCUGUAGAAGCCAAGAAGUUUUUAAACAUGUUCAGGAAGUAUCAAGAGGAUUUCUACCAAUCUGAUAUUAAUAUGUUAUCUAACAUCACUAGCUCAGAACAUUUGUUUAUGAACCCGCUAGUUGAAUCGUUCCGAUCCUCGGAGUUCGUCGUUAGCGUUUCUGCUGAGUCAUACUCUCUGCUGCGCCAUUUUCUUCAAGAAAAAGAAAUGAAUGUUAUUCAAAGCAUCCUUAGAGAACAACUCUCAGUUGAAAUUAUUAAUGGUCCUCCUAGGUCAAAGUUGCAAAUUGAUUGCCGUCGUGGUGCUUUGUUCGGAGAGGCUCGUUGUGAUGCGAAUAAAGAACCUGUUUUAUAUGGUCUGUUAAGGGAUCCUUCACUAGAUCUCACAGUAGAGAUGGACACAGGAAAUGAUAUAAAUGAUAAUGAAUGCGUUCUUGGCGAUAAUGAAGAAGGCGAAGACCAGAAUGUCGUGAAAAAGAAAAAGCGACGUGAUGGUUCUGGACAUUCGAGUAGAUCGUCUUUGUCAAAGGAUGGGAGCAAGUCUGAUUCAAAUUCUCCAGCCCUCGAUCGGAUCCCAAUUCCGAAGGUAUUGCUUGUUUAUUGUCAUGCUACUGUCUCACAAGUGUUUCCUUACAUUUUUGACGUCAUUUUCCAAAUUACUUGACCACAUACAUUCAUCAGCUUGGCUGGUUAAACUUCACGAUAGUGUGAAUUCACGACAGCUACAAGGCUUAGUAGCUGCUUAUCAUUGGAAAAUUCAUAUUGUUGGUGGGUACCUGUAAAUUACCAGUAAUGGCUUUACGUCGAAGCAGUUUACCUGUUCAAUUUUCGAAAUGAUUAGUUGGGAUGCGUUAGUGUAAUUGAGAUGUGGCUCAUUGGAAUAAGCACUCAAUUUUUAAACUCAAUUUUUAACCACUGAGUCACGUGUUCGCGUCCCGCUCCACUGUCUGUAACCUGGGCAGCUGCGUAGUACCACCUAUAUGCACGCAAUUAUUGUGGCUCAUAGCCUGAAGCAAGAAGAAUCUGUUCUGAUUAGCCGAGUUCUGACUGACAAAAGUGUUUUUGUCGUCGCUAUAACUUGUCCAGCUUCAUUUUAGUUUUAAAUGCAUUGUGACAUUGGAUGGCGUACGAUAAAAUGACUUUAAAUUCUUAUUCACAAGUUUGAACUACAGCAUGUAUUAUUUUGCUUUCCCUAGGUAUUGUAGCUCUAUCCCUUCAUAACUAGUUUAAACGAAACUACGCGACACUGUUUCUAUACUUAAAGUCACCUGUCAGGGGACACUUAGGUAUAUAGCAUAAGUCUAGUUCAUGGAAUUAGGGUGCUACAUGUCACCGUCUGUAUGAACUUUUGUUUUUUUUCAGAUUUCUCACGCGUCACUGAUUGUUUCCAAUAUGUUAGAUCUGCAGAUGAUGUUUAAUCUCUUUUGCAUCAUCAAGUUUUAUGUUGCAUAGUGAUAUAUAGAUUUUUAUUGAUAAUAUGGUUUUGUAAUUUUAUAGCUUCGUGAAUCCUACAUUGAA